CAGCAAGUGGCCACCCUAGAGAGUCCCCAGCAUUCUCCGCACCCUGAAUCACAGUGUGACACUGGCUGUAGGCACCACAGAAGGGGCCUCAGGUCUGAAGACUUGGGGAGCAGGGAGAAAUCAAAGUGGGGUGCGUCCCUGGCUUCACUUCUGUUAGAUGCUGGGUAUCAGGAGUUCUUCCCAAUUCAUGAAGAAACUCCUGCUGCUCUUCCACAUACUUUAUCCUAGAAAAGAGAACUUUUUCCACUGGCAGAAGAGACUUCCAUUGGUGAAAGAAGGAGGUUUUCCCUGCUAGCCCCAUGUCUGUACUGCCGGGGAUUCAUCUCAACAUCUCCCACCCUGACUUUUCAUGCAAGAGAAGAAAGAAUACCUCCUCUAGAACCUCCUUUUGGGAAAAGGAGAAGGGAACUCACCUGUCUUUAUUUUAAAGGUCUGGAGAUUUGUUUCAACCUGCCCUUGUGAAUGGGCUGCCUGGUGUUUCAAAAUCUCAAGGUAUUCAAUAAAGAUUCCUCUGUGAAGAGCUGGAGAAUCCAGAGAAUAAAAGCCUGGAGUUCAACAGCGUGACAAUGGCACAGAAAUCCAUCAGAACAGGGCAAAUUCUUCACAAAGACAGCACAGUAUGUACGAAAAAACUUGUGCCUUCAGCAAGGGAUUUCAUGAGGAGCUUCAGCAUUGGCAAUUCUCAGGAAGUCACCUAGCUGUGACUUGCCAUUAUCUCCAUUGUGACUUGCCCUUUAGGAAACUACUGGCAUUUACUGUGCCUCUUCAGGGUCCAUUUUAUAUAUUUUGCUCUCUAGGAGCCAGAAUGAAGGAAUAGAAACCUAUUUAAGCUAGCUCAAAUAAUCCAGGGGUGUGUGAUAUUUUUAGAACCGAAGGCAGAAAAUGCAAGGCAUUUUAGUGGAAUCAGAAACCCCGGUUGCUCUCUGUCUUGCAAGGACUUUUGUGGUUCCACUUUGCUCCUCUCCAACCUCUCUCUGUCUCUCUCUUCCUCUUGUCUACACUCCAACAUGAGUGACAGGUCAAUUGCACGACAUCACACUUGGACUACAUUCUCUGAGAAUCCUUGGGCUGGAUUUUUAAGAGACAGACUCUGAUGGAUUCAGCACGGUCUGCAGAACAACUUUCUCUGAGACAGAUACUCCAUCACUCCCAGUCCAAUCAACUUUGAUGGAGGAGAGGGAGGUCUGGAGGAACUGAGACAGCAGGAGCCAGGUUGCCCCGAAGACCAUGAACUUGUCUUCUGAACACUGCAAUAUGUCAGAUUGGCUGAGGCUGGAAGCAACCGUGAAGGCCUCCGUGUAUGUGGUGGCUUUCUCCUUCGCCACGUUCAUCACAGUCAUCAUUAUCGCCAUCGUAUCACAGAAUUCAAAACUGAGGAAAGAGGUUCGAUACAUCCUUCUCUGUCACCAUCUGCUGUGCAUCUCCUCCUACUGCGGCCUGGGGGUGGUUGUCCAAGGGAUGCGAGCCUUCCUGGCCAAUAGCCCUGUCCUGGUAUGCUGGGUGGUGUUUGGGGCACAGCUGAGUGUUGGAGAAGGGAUCCUCUUCACGCUGGCCUUGAUGGCGGCCCACAUGUACCUGGUGAUCUGCUGGCCCUUGACAUCUGUGUCCUUUGUAGAUUCCGUUAAGUAUAAGAUUCUGUCUGGGACUUGGCUCAUCAUUAUACUGAAGAAUGCUUGCCUCUUCCUCAUAGAGGGCACUGGCCCUACGCAGAUUGCUCUUUUAAAAUCUGAGCCCCUUUGCCCAGUGGUCUUGAAUGGCAUUCCUGCUAGAGCCAUUGGCAUGGUUUUCCUUUUCCUUCUUCUGUCUAUCAUUCUUAUAAGUUACUCCCUGAUAUACAAAGAAGGGAAACGGGCUGGCCACUUUAAUAGGUCAAAUAUCAAAGCAAGGAAAACCGUCCUUAUUCAUUUAGUGCAAUUGGGCCUGCACGUAAUACCAACUCUGUUAUUCAUUGGUUUGGGAAAGAUGUGUGGAGUGUUUUUCUUUGCUUUAAAUCUGGUGCUUUUUGGAGUCUUUGCCUUUGCCCAGUGUUUUAACCCUCUGAUCUAUGGGCUCUGGAACAGAGAGUUGAAAAGCAGAUUACACUACUGGGUGUGCUGUCAGCUGUGGUGUGGUCACUGUGGUGUGACCACCAGAGUGUCAGUUUAAAUAAAAAUUCAGCCAUUUUGAAUCAAUAACGCUAGUCCUAAUGGACCACCAUUAGGACAACCAGUUAGGGUUGAUGCCUCAACCUAAAAUUGAUGCCUUGAUUUGAUUUUAAGAGUAAUAUGAGUAAAUCAAAUUUAUCCAUCUGACUUACAAACUUUGACUACUGUGUCCACUGAAUUGGACUCAGAGAAAUCAUUUUAAGUCUUUAAUUCUAUACCCAGAUUAGCAUUUUGGGUAGCAUGCCUCAGUGUGUAUCAGGAGUUGAGCAGUUUUUUUUUGUGAAUGCACUUGUUUUUAGAAACUAAGAAACAGACCAUGGUUGAUAGGGAGAGAAGUUUGGCUGUUUCACGUAUAUUAAGUAGGGGUAGGUUUGGCUACAUGGCAGCAACAAAAUGAGAGUGACUUUAAAAAGUUAGAGGUUGAUUUUUUUUCUUAUGUAAAAGAAGUCUGGAGCCGCACAAUCCAGGCCUGUGUGGUAACUCUGUAGGCCGCAGAGAUGAUUAGUGUACUACCUCAUGACCCAGGAUGGCUGUUAGUGCUCUUGUCAUCACAUUCACACUCCAGCCAACAGGAAGGAGGAAGGGACAAAGAAGUCUCUGUACCUUCCUUCUAAAGACACUUUUCAGAAGUUACAAAACAUUUUUUUUUAUAUCUAACUGGCUAAAUUUUAGUCAUUUGGCUACGACCUAGAUUUAAGGGAGAGGAGUAGUGUAGCAGUGUUCUGUUAAAAGUUAGGUUUCUUAAUACUAAGAAAAUAAAUAGGAGGAAAUAUUGGAUAAAAAAAUUAUUUCAGGGACCAUUUUUCUCUUGACCAAAUAAAAUACAAAGAAAGACAAUGGAUAGAUUAUGAUCAUUACAAAAAUAUACUCUACCUUUUAAAAUGGUACAUAGAUACAGAGUUAUCUGUUCUGGAUCCCAGAAAACUUUAACUGUAUUAGGUCAAAAAGAAUGGCAUCAAUAAAGAGAUCACUGAACUGGUUUAAACAUGGGAACUCAUAAUUUAAGUCAAAGGAAGUUUGGGGCCGCAGUAUGAAAUAACUUCUUUCACAGAAGUCUCCAUAUGAUAUUUCUUUAGAUAAAACACCCAUUUCUGAAUCAGUCAGGAGUCAGUCCUAGAAACAGGAAUCGUUACCAUAAGUAUAUUGCCCCAUAAAGAUUUAAUACAGGAGUUGGAUGCAUACAAAUCACUGAAAAGGGCUAGGGAGUGGAAAUCAGGGGACAGCAUUUGUGGAUGUCAGGAGCAAACCAAUGCAGCUGCAACCUGGAGGUCAGGCAGGUGUUUCUACCACCGCCUGCCCCUCUUCGCCCUGUCUCCUCAUGUAACUCAUGCCUGUGUAACUUUGUCUGGGGGAGAAACAGCAGCAGGAAGAUGGCCUCCACCUCCUCCAUCUUCCAAAUCUCAUGUGAUUGGGGCUCUAACUGGUAGAAUGUAACUGGCAUCCAGACUCUAAGAACAAAGGAGUUCUGGGAAAUGUAGUUCCUAGUUUCACAGAAUUGGUAGUACAGAAAGGCACCCUGAAAGGUGUAUAAAUGAGGAUUGAAUGGUCCAAAUCAUGGGAUCCACCAUUAUGAUAUUUAUAUUUUCAGGUAACAAAACAACAACAAGGAUAACAGAUGCCAUGUAUUGAGCAAUUCUUAUGCUCCUGAUAUUAUUAUGGAAGCUCUUUUAUAUACACUAUGUCAAGUCCUCCCAACAAUUUUAUAAUGUAGAGAUUAUUAUCCCUGAUUUACAAAUGAGAAAAACUGAGGCUUAUAAAGGUCUUACAGGAGCUUAGGAGGUCAGGACCACCCCUUUAAAUUUCCAUACACAUGACUUGACUCAGGGUGAUCAUUUCAUCACUGUUGAGAGCUGGACCUGUUGCUUGGGAAAUUGGGGCCUUGGUUCUCCACUUUGCUUUGGGUGUGGACCGCUGGCUUGUAGAAAAGAGCUCCAUUUUACUGAUUGUUUUGACUACACUCUACAUCCUUAGGCUGCCCGUGGUUUCAGAUCCUAGCAGUUUCUGAAUCAUGUCUGGACUCCAUUUUGGCUUCCAGUUCUUCUUUUGUCCUCUGGGUAUUCAUUCUAAGUUUUCCUUCUUCCUCUAAGAAUAGCUCUGAGACUUCAAAGCACCACCUUCUCUUUCGCUUGUGCAGUUCUCCUCCAGGGCAGGCGCAAGUCUCUUACUUUGUCUCCCAGCACCCAGUAUAGAGCCUGAUAGAUGGCAGAUCUCAACAAAUGAUAAACUAGACUCAUCAGUCAGUAAGACAUGCCUUUGUACAAACUCUCCCCACAAAACCACAAAAACAAAGUUGUUUCUUUGUUUUUGUUGAACUAUUAAGCAAUCUGAGAGCAGAAAGAGGAAGAAAAACUAAAAAAUUGUCCAGGCUUAACUUAAUUGUGAGGCCUAAAUCUAAUACUCACAAUUCAAUUUAUCCUCAGAACUUUUAAAACUGUUUUCUAAUAUCGAAAGGUAACUUCUACUUGUACCGCUGAUCAUGAGAAUGGUUGUUUUAUACUUUUAAAUGUAAAUCAUUGCUUUUUAAAAUUAAAUAUUUUGAAUUGGGAAAGUAUAGUAUAAAAUUCAAAAGGCUCAAAAUGGUAUUUAGUGAAAAUUAAGUCUUCUUUGGGCUUCCCAGGUGGCGAUAGUGGUUAAGAACCCACCUGCAAACGCAGGAGAUGGACCCUGGAGGAGGGCACAGCAACCCACUCCGGUAUUCUUGCCUGGAGAAUCCAAUGGACAGAGGAGCCUGGAAGGCUACAGUCCAUAGGAUCACCCAGAGUCAGACACAACUAAUGCAACUUAGCACACAAGCAUACGUCUUCCUCCUCCCCAUUUUUUGAUAUCUUCCUUCUCUUCCAAGAGUCAACAGCUGAUCAGUUUCUGAGCUUUCCUCAAAAGAUGAUCAACGAAGCGGAAAUUAUUGAGAAUUUCUCAUUUGUAAGAUAAUUUUGGUUUUCACUUCCUGGACUUGCAUUUGAAAGUUGUUUAAACUGAUAUUAAGGAUGAUAGUUUAUGUCAUGAAUGACAUCAGCAAUUAUGCUUCCCAUAAUGUGAAAAUUCUUUGAGAAACUUAAGCUUGGGCAAGAUACAGAGGACAGGGGAGAGGCUGACGUUAUUUGCGUUAUUUGAGAGUACCUGUAAACUGUUCCUUUCCCCUAUAGACGUGGUGCCAUUAUAUUGAGUUUAAAGUCAGGAAGGAUAGGAGUUUAGGGGAAAUGUUCAAAUAGCUCUAAAAAGCAAAUUACUGAAACAAAAAUGUGAAUUUAUCAAAAUUCCCGAGUUCUUGGAAACAUUUCAUUUAUUGCAACUGUUACCAUAUUAUCACGGCAUGAAACCAUUUCUGGCUUAACUAUAGAUAUGCUGUAUAAACACACUGCCUUAUAUGUAGAUAUGCUCUAUAAACACUUAUUCUAAAAAUGAACUCGGGAAACAUUUUAAAAAGUAAGAACAGAAAAGUAGUUUAUAAUAUCCAUCAUAAGAAAAUGUAGAAUGAAUCCAGUCUGUUGUUCAGAAGAAGUUCAAGAAGGUAAGAUCAGCCACAAUAAUGUACUUUAAGCAUUUUUUGUUUUUGGAAAGGUCAAAGACUAUGGCUAGAAUUGCCUUCCUGGUGGCCAAGUGAAGACAUUAUCUCUGCAGUGGAGAGAAAAUGGCACAUCUGUCCCUAGGGGGAGUGGGGAAAGCAUGCCAGAACAUUCCAGUGAACCAAGAGGACUGUGGGAAGCAUCUGGCCCUGGAACUGUUGGAAAGGCUUGUUCUAAAACAUUCUCAGUAAGAGAAUGGUGGUUACCACUAGCUGCAGAAGAUGAAGAUGGGGUGAGAGGCAGUCAGCCAGGGACAAGGAUUGCCCAAGGGCUCAAGGGGAUAACUUUGAGGACCCCACAUAGUGCUACAGAAGAGAAAGAAUUGUCGCUGGAAAUCUAUCCCACCCAGAAGAUGCAAAGGUCAUACUAUAUCUACCUUAGACAAGGAUAAUCUUUGCUGUCUCAUACAUCUCCUCCCAGCUUCCAUCUCUUCUAGGUCAAGAAAAGUCAUAGGCAACCUUGGGGUUGGGGGGGGGGGGUGGCUGUAGAAACCUUAAUUCCAUCUGCAACCUUCAUUCGUCCUUAUAAGGUAGCAAAACAUCCAUGGGUUCCAGUGGUUAGGAUAUCUUUGCCGGGGUAAGGGAUGUUACUCUGCCUAUCACAUUUAUAAAAUGAGAUUGUUCCUUGUAGCUGAAAAUGACCAAAGGACAUAAGAAUUACUUAAGAAUGACUAGCCAAAAUGCAUAUCAAAAUAGCAACAAAAUAAUACCUCAUUCUCAUUUGGAUGACUACUAUAAAAAUAGCACACAAUAAGUAUUGGCAAAGAUAUGGAAAAAUUAGAACCCUUGUGCACCCUUGGUGAGAUGUUCCCAUUUCCCAAAUGGGAACUGUAUAGCCACUAUAGAAAAUGAGUUCCAAAAAAUUGAAAAUAGGACUAUUCCAUGAUCCAGCAAUCCCACUAUUGGGUAUAAAUCCAAAAGAAUUGAAAGUAGAGUAAAAAAAAGUUUCCACAUCCAUGUUUAUGGGAAUGCUCUUCACAAUAAGCCAAGAAGUGGAAGCAAACCAAAAGUCCGUAAAUGGAUAAGUAAACAAAAUGUGGUAUAUCCAAACAAUGAAAUAUCGUUCAGUUUUCAAGAGGAGGGAAAUUCUGUCACAUGUUCCAGUAUGAAUGAACCCUGAAGAUAUUAAGCUAAGUGGGCUUCCCUGGUGACUCAGUCGGUAAAGAAACUGCCUGCAAUGUAGAAGACCCACGUUCGAUCCCUGGGUUGGGAAGAUCCCCUGGAGGAGGGAAUGGCAACCCACUCCAGUAUUCUUGCCUGGAAAGUCCCAUGGAGAGAGGAGCCUGGUGGACUACAGCCCAUGAGGUCAUAAAGAGUCAGACACGACUUAGCUACUAAACCCUCACCACAAAGAGACAAAUGCUGUCUGAUUCCACUUAUAGGAGAUAUACAAAGUAGUCACACUCAUAGGAACAGAAAGUAGAAUGGUGAUUCCCAGGAACUGAGAGGAGGUGGGAAAUGGGAACUAUUUAAUGGGUAGAGUUUCAGAUGAACUUUUUUUUCAGAUGAAAAAGUUCUGGAGAUCUUUCACAACAAUGUGAAUAUACUUAACACUACUGAACUGUAUACUUAAACAUGGUCAUGAUAGUAAAUUUUAUGUUAUGUUUUUAAUAAGCAUAUAAUAAAAAAGAAUGAUAAGCAAAAGUGUAAGAACCAAGAUCUCACCCAAGUUUUCGUCUAAGGUGGAGGGGUAAAGGUUGAAUAUACAAAUGGGAUAUGAAUGGGCCCCUCCUUUAUAAGGCCCUAAUUCCAUGGCUUAAGCUCCUCCCAAGCUCUCUCCUACUAAUAUCAUCACAUCAGAAGUUAGUGUUUCAGGAUAUGAAUUGCUGUUCAGUCGCUGAGUUGUCUCCGACUCUUUGUAACCCCAUGGACUGCAGCACACCAGGCUUGCCUGUUCUUCACUACCUCCUGGAGUUUGCUCAGAUGUAUGUCCAUUAAGUCAAUGAUUCUACCUAACCAUCUCAUCCUCUGUCGCCACCUUCUCCUUUUGCCUUUAAUCUUUCCCAUCGGCAGGGAAUUUUCUGGUGAGUUGGCUCUUCAAAUCAGGUGGCCAAAGUAUAGGAGCUUAAGCUUCAGCAUCAAUCCUUCCAAUGAAUAUUCAGGGUUGAUUUCCUCUAGAAUUGACUGGUUUGAUAUGAUAUGAUACUGCACAAUUGCACUCAUCUCACAAGCUAGCAAAGUAAUGCUCAAAAUUCUCCAAGCCAGGCUUUAAUAGUACGUGAACCGUGAAUUUCCAGAUGUUCAAGAUGGAUUUAGAAAAGGCAGAGGAACCAGAGAUCAAAUUGCCAACAUCCAUUGGAUCAUUGAAAAAUCAAGAGAGUUCCAGAAAAACACCUACUUCUGCUUUAACGACUACACCAAAGUCUUUGACUGUGUGGAUCACAACAAACUGUGGAAAAUUCUUAAAGAGAUGGGAAUAGCAGACCACCUGACCAGUCUUCUGAGAAAUCUGUAUGCAGGUCAAGAAGCAACAGUUAGAACCAGACAUAGAACAACAGACUGGUUCCAAAUUGGGAAAGGAGUAUGUCAAGGCUGUAUAUUGUCACUGUACUUAUUUAACUUAAAUGCAGAGUAUAUCAUGAGAAAUGCUGGUCUGGAUGAAGCACAAGCUGGAAUCAAGAUUGCCGGGAGAAAUAUCAAAUAACCUUAGAUACGCAGAUGACACCACCCUUACGGCAGAAAGCUAAGAGGAACUAAAGUACCUCUUGAUGAAAGUGAAAGAGGAGAGUGAAAAAGCUGGCUUAAAACUCAACCUUCAGAAAACUAAGAUCAUGGCAUCUGGUCCCACCACUUCAUGGCAAAUAGAUGGGGAAACAAUGGAAACAGAGACAGAGUUUAUUUUUUUGGGCUCCAAAAUCACUGCAGAUGGUGACUGCAGCCAUGAAAUUAAAAGAUGUUUGCUCCUUUGAAGAAAAGCUAUGACCAACCCAGAUAGCAUAUUAAAAAGCAGAGACAUUACUUUGCCAACAAAGGUCCAUCUAUUCAAAGUUGUGGUUUUUCCAGUAGUCAUGUAUGGAUGUGAGAGUUGGACUAUGAAGAAAGCUGAGCACCAAAGAAUUGCUGAUUUUGAACUCUGGUGUCGUAGAAGACUCUUGAGAGUCCCUUGGACUGCAAGGAGAUCCAACCAGUCCAUCCUAAAGGAAAUCAGUCCUGAAUAUUCAUUGGAAGGACUGAUUCUGAAGAUGAAACUCCAAUACUUUGGCCACCUGAUACAAAGAACCAUCUCAUUUGAAAAGACCCUGAUGCUGGGAAAGAUUGAAGGUGGGAGAAGAAGGGAUGACAGAGGAUGAAAUGGUUGGAUGUCAUCACCAAUAAGAUGGGCAUGAGUUUGAGUAGGCUCUGGGUGUUGAUGAUGGACAGGGAAGCCUGGCGUGCUGCAGUCCAUGGCGGUCACAAAAAGUCAGACAUGAUUGAGCAACUGAACUGAACUGAUGUGAUAUGAAUUUGAUAUGAAUUAGACCAUAGCACUAGGUCAUAAAAAUGAUACCUUCACCUGGUGCACUUUCUCUUUCUCUCUUGGAUAGCUCACUCUGGGGAAGCCCAGCCACUAAGUCAUGAGCACACAUAGGCAUCCCUUUGAGAGGUCCACACACAGCCAAGUUCGUGUGGGUGGGAACCAAUGCACCAGCACCAACCUGCUGGCCGUGUGAGUGGAUCCUCCAGCCUUAUGAAAGAGGCUCCAGUGAGAUCCGUAGCCCCAUCAUCCAUGUGAGGAUCUGGACAAGAAGAUCCAGAACAAACUGAGCCAUGACUUACGUCUCAUAACUAUCAUAGCUGAUUUCAUGGGCAGUCCUACCAUAUUUUUGGCACUUAUGAAACUCUUUUUCUCUGGGAAUCUUAGGAGUGGGGGCAUAUGGAACACCAUUUCUCUCCUCUAUACACACUCAUUCCCUGUGGCAGUGCAAUUCUUGGCUUGGUGGCCUCUAAACUUGGAGGAAGCUAUGAAAAUAUCCCCUGACUCCUCCGUCUUGCUUCUUUGGGGUGGGGUAGGCACUUCCUUGGGAACAUUUAAGAAGAAGGCAUACUGAAGAGGGAUAGCAAUCUUUGGGCUGAUGAGAUACAGGUCAGAAACUCAAGGCAGGAUUGGUCAGAGUGGGUCAAUUCUAGACAGAGGCUAUGCAAAGGUAGAGGAUGUGAGGGUGGGGCCCAGAUAGGAUUGGGGUCUGACUGGUAGACAGAACAGGAAUCAGCUAAAAUGGUGGAAACUUGGACUUCUCUGGUAGUUCAGUGGUCAAAACUCUGCCUGCCAAUGCAGGGGCCAUGGGUUCGAUCCCUGGUCUGGGAAGAUUCCACAUGCCGUGGAGCAACUAAGCCCUGUGUGCCUCAACUACUGAAUGGGUGUUCUAGAGCCCAGGAGCCACAACUACUGAAGCCUGUGUCCCCUAGAGCCUGUGCACAGCGACACGAGAAGCCACUGAAAUGGGAAACCUGAGCCCUGCAAAUAGAGAGGAGCUUCCGCUCACUGCAACGAGAGAAAAGCCCACACCGCAACAAAGACCCAGCACAGCCAAAACGGAAACCAAAAACCUUUGGAAACUCAGGCAGAUCACAACAUGUGCCACGUAAAACAGGAAGUUGCCUCUUUGUAGGCCAUGCCCUCCACUUGGCUCUCUCAGUGGUGCUGGCAUCCGAAGAGACCCAUUAAAGAGCCUGACUCCUAAUGUGAAAAUAUACCGCUGGGCUCAUAGACCAGCCCGGUCUUCGGAAUAAGUCAAAGGGCAGAGACAGAUCAAUAGAUGAGGUGCAGAGUCUUGAAAUCUUCUUCUUCUUCUUUUAAAAAAUUAUUUAGUUAUUUUUGGUUGCACUGGGUCUCCAUUGCAGUGGGCGGUCUCAUUGUGGGGGCAUCUCUUGUUGCAGAGCACAGGCUCUAGGGAGAGAGGACUCGGUAGUUGUGGCAUAUGGGCUUAGUUCCCUGCAGCACGUGGCAUCCUCCCAGACCAGGGAUUGAACCCAUGUCCCUGGCAUUGGCAGGUGGCUUCCCAGCCACCAGGACCACCAGGGAAGUCCCAAGAGUUGUGAAUUCUUUAUCUAUUUCUUUCCUGAGUAAAAAUGAGAGCUGCAGCAGCUAAGCUUACUAAGUCUAAAGCCUCUUGUUCCUUCCUCAAAAUCCUUGUGCGAAACAGCCUGAGGCAACUGUCUCCAAGUCGAGGUCAGAACUGGAGGUGACCACAGGGGUACUUGAGAUGACCCCUGAGAUUUCAGCUGCGGGCAUGAGGGACUGGCAAGUAUUUCAGUGAUUUUCUGCUUGUCUUCUUUCUGGCUGUGCUGCGUGGUAUUCAGGAUCUUAGUUCCCCUACCAGGCAUCGAACCUGUGUCCCCUGCAGUAGAAGUGCAGAGUCCUAACCACUGGGCUGUGGGACCUCUGAGAAGCUAUUCAGUGACCGUUAGGAAGCUGUGGGGGGGCAUUCUGGCUCCCCAGCAGCCGGGUUCUGCAUUGCCCCACCCCGUCACCCACUGCGUUAUCUGGAGGCUGUGGGUGGUGGACAGCUAGGACUGGGUGGGAGCCAGUUCUUCACCCCUGCAGGAUGUUAUUGCCCUGACUUGACUGGACUGGCCUGUUCAUCGGGGCAGGGUGGUAGGGGUGGACCCAGCCUUGGAGCCAGAUCAAGUGAGGUAGGUGCUGGUGGUACCAGCAAAGGACUCUGCUUGCCAAGGUGAGGAUGGAGGCUCUCACCUUGACCAAACCUUACUCAGGCUCCUCUAAGCCUUCUUUGACCUUGGACUUUAGUAUCCCUCCUUGUUGGGCCUGCAUUGCCCAGUUUUAGCAAGAAUCCUGCUAAGUCAGCUUAGAGAGAAUCCCUCAUCCUUGUUACCUAAUCACCCUUGAUGUGUGAUCACCCUCAACAGCUGGCCAAAUUCUUCACACCCACCCCCCAUUUUGGUAUCUGCUUGCCUUCAGCAAGAACCCUAUUCUCUUUAACCAGAAUCCACCCUCUACCCCCGACACUCGAUAUUUCUUGUUAUUAAUUUUCCACCCACAGAAUCCCUACCUACUCCUUGGUUAUAAAUCCCCUCUUGUUUUUGUUAGAUUUGGCUCUAUACUGAGGUGUCUUUGUUUUUCCACCUGCUGCAAUGCUGUGGUUGUUUAGUCACUAAGUCAUGUCCGACUUUUUCACGACCCCCAUGGACUGCAGCCCACCAGGCUCCUCUGUCCAUGGGAUUUCCCAAGCAAGAAUACUGGAGUGGAUUGCCAUUUCCUUCUCCAGGGGAUCUUUCUGACCCAGGGAUGACACCCUCAGCUUGGUUCCUGUGUCUCCUGCUUGGCAGGCGGGUUCUUUACCACUGAGCCAUCAGGAAAGCCCCCUAUUGCAAUAGUUUCUGAAUAAACUCUGUAUUUCCUUCUUUAA